ACGAUUUCGCUGCACUGUUGCGGCACGGCAGUAGGCUGUGGAGUGAGCCGCUUGUAAGACGUGCAGAACCAAGGUCACUUUCGUAGGAGUCCUGUCAGAGAGCGGUUUCAGCGGGCACGCACGUUGCGCGCUAGAUCUCGGUUAGCCGUGGAUGCAGAUAGAGUAGUAGGCAUGGCCCCGCGACGUCAUUUUGGCCAAGUUCAAGGCCUCCUAGGCAUCGACUCCCUGGAAGAGACCACCAGCAAUGUCACCAGGUGUUGCGUGCCGACAGGAGAGUGUCUUCGUGCUCAGCAGCAGCAAAUGUUGCACAAUAACAAUGAUCCUAUGCUUAUUUCUUUGGACGAUUUAAGAGACACAGUUCGCGUUACGUGCAAUAACGAAUUGUGCACAAGCGGACGUUACAUGCACCGCGAGUGUUUCGAACAGUGGGAACAGACGGUGCUCGCCUAUUUGAAAACUUGCGGUAGGGCACGAUCCUGGUCCGAGCGUCAGAGGCAUCAGAAUCUCUGGACGAAAAAGGGCUACGAUCUUGCUUAUAAAGCCUGUGCCUGUAAAUGCGGAAGAGGUCACCUAAAAAAAGACUUAGACUGGAUGCCGCCUCCGCCAACCAGUAAUAUCUUCGGUCGCAUCGAGGAAAUCGACACCGGCAAGAAGAAGAAGAAACGUAAUCGUAAUUCUCGACCUGUAUUAGCUGUCAAUACGAAUCACAAUCUCACAACGGUGAUGGAGAGCCGUGGAAGGACCGGAAGUCUAUCCUCUAGCAAUCGUUCGUCUUCGCCACCGGCUUCUGGAAGCGAACCCAGCAUCUCCCCUGUGCACGCUCAUUCGAAGAAGAAGUCCAAAAUCGAACUUCCCGAAAGAAUACGAAUUGCUGGUGGUGCUAAUGGAAUCUUCACUCGACGUUUGGAUUUCAGUUCAUUCAAUUCGCUUCCAAAACUCAAAUUGAAUUCUUAUCAAAUAAAGACCGAGGAUGAAGGCAACCAUGGAAACGACGACACUCGUUGCUUCAUCUUAUCUACUUUGGCAUCACACAAUCGCUCUAAGGUUCAGUGUGUCCUCUGCGAAGAAUAUCUUCUGGUUUUCGAUAGAUAUCCUUUGGUAGAUGGUACAUUCUUUUUGAGCCCUCGACAACAUGCAAAAUUCUGCAUUGAGGUGAAGGUAGAAGGAAGGACUCAAUUCUUGACGUGUGUCUGCAUGGGCUGCCUAGAGGGAGUUGCUGGUAGGCAGGUUUUCUGCAGAUUUUGCAGUACCCAAUGGGUUGGUUCAACGCUGGUUCUAGGGACAAUGUAUUCCUAUGAUAUUUUCGCAGCUAUGCCCUGUUGCACGGAACGUAUAAAAUGCAAUUCGUGCUUCAAACCAGUUCUACAUCCAGCUCAACGUCUGAACUACUUCAGUGACUACAGUCAUAUGGUACCAUGUCCACAUUGCCGCACGCUAGACACACACUUCGUCAAGUCUCUUCCAUACUGUUUUGUCCAGCGACCUCAACGGUCAUACUCUCAGUGGCCAUAGCCCAUUGCCCCCGCCAAAGCACCUCGUAUAGCACCACCCUCUCCCUCGCCAGAUCCCCUGGAUCUGGAUUUGGGACUCCUUUGGCGGGAAUUGGCAGGAAUGCGUCUGGAUGAGUUUUGCCAUUUACAGCUCACGAGAUCGCGGUAGGCCAUCGCAAAUGGCGGUAAUGGUAAACCUCACCGCAUUUAGUUUCAUUAUUUGUUAUUAUGUUGUUGCAUUUUUAAAUGCGUGUGAGUUGGAAAAAACUUCUUUCCGAAUUAUCAGGUUUCAAUUGGUCCGGAACCUCUUUUAAUCGAAACUAAUUAUUGCAUGAUUUUUUCUGAGGAACCAAAAUCUAAUCCGAAUAAUUUCGUCUUCUGGUUUAGAACUAUGAGAAGUUUGUUUCAACGCAUGCUUUAUAUAAAUUCGUUGUGUUAUUAGUUUCAUUAUUAUUCGUUCGUUAGCUUUUAGUGAAUUUAACUCUUUGUCUUGAGACAGAAUAUUUAUAUAUGGAAAUGUGAUUAUAUUAUGUUAAGUUAGAUCAAAUUCAUUUCACGAUGUUUAUUAUGUGCACUUUAGUGCUAAUAAGAAUGGAUUAAAUCAAUCUUACAAUA